AUGUAUCGUGACCUUGGCUAUUACUGGCUUCGCCUAGCAAUCUACAUUGCCUUGAGCUUAUGCGUUGGAAGUAUAUUCUAUGAUGUUGGCUUUAGCUUUGGCUCAAUUCAGAUAUUUAGAAGGGAGAGGUUGAAUGGGCACUAUGGAGUGGGAGCAUUCGUGGUCGGGAACACAUUAUCCUCCAUUCCAUACCUGAUGCUAAUAUCAUUAAUCCCAGGAGCCAUAGCUUACUACCUCGUUGGACUUCAGAAAAGCAUCGAACACUUCACCUGCUUUGCUCUCUUGUUGUUUGUCACAAUGAUGCUAGUAGAGAGCCUCAUGAUGAUGGUGGCGAGCAUUGUGCCUGAUUUCUUGAUGGGGAUGAUAAUAGGAGCUGGAAUUCAAGGUGUGAUGUUGCUAAAUGGAGGUUUCUUUAGGUUGCCCAAUGACCUUCCUAAUCCCUUUUGGAGGUACCCAAUGUACUACAUCGCAUUCCACAAGUAUGCGAAUCAAGGGUUCUACAAGAACGAGUUUGAAGGGUUGACAUUCCCCAAUCCCCAACAAGGAGUUAAUUCUUCUAUCUCGGGUGAUGAAAUUUUGAGGAGUGUUUGGCAAGUAGAAACAGGGUACUCCAAGUGGGUUGAUAUCGCUAUAUUAUCGGGAAUGGUGGUUUUUUAUCGGCUCAUGUUUUUAGGGAUCAUGAAGUUUGGUGAGAAGGUUAAGCCAAUGUGGAAAAAAAGAAUUGGGUCAUCCAAGCAAACAAACCCUGUGGUAGAGAUGUGA